AUGGCGGGAGUCUCGUCGUUCGAGGUGCGGCUCUCCCCGUACGUGCCGCCACUGCAGUGGUGCCGCGCAGUGGACGGCGUCUUCGGCUCGCAUCACUUCGUCUGUGGCUCCUAUACCUGUGGCAUCGGUGAACCGCGCGACGACGACGACAGUGCUGGUGCAGCGCACACACGCGUGGAGUGGGAAGGGAGGGAUAGCCUCCGCACACCACCAAAGGCAGCGGUCGAUGCUGCCAUCACCAACGUGGCGCCACACACACCAAGUGCCGGUCCGCCGGUGCGGAUGCCGCGUCGAGAAGGCGCGCUCGCAGGCGUGUGGGUCAGCACCCCAGCAGCGGAGGAGACGUCAUGCUGCUCCUCCACUCUCAGCAGCGGGCACCUUCCCCUUCGUGUGGCGAGCGUGCUGAACGGCAACGUGCCUUUAGACGACGCCACCAGCUCGAUACCGGGCACGCGCGUGCUGUGCUUGGUUGCGCUUGAUGGCUCGCUUCUCACGGGGCGCAGGUGUCCCAAUCCGCCGUCGCCGUCGUGGCCACGGGACCUCUUUGAUAGUGUCUGUGACUUCAUCUCUCGCGACGUCAUGCCGCGUGUCUCGCUACGACUCAUCGACGGUACAUGGGCCCGCGCAGAGGCGUCAGAGCGCCUGCUCGAUGAUGUCUGCCAGGUGCGGCAAGCGCUAGGAACAAGCUACGUCGUACAGUACCCCUCGGACGCCGCAGCCCCUGCCGCGACACGUGCGCGCAGCAUCGUCAUGGUGCUGGACCUUUGUGUCCCUCUCCAAAAACUCCUCUCCACCCUUCCUUCGACGCACACAUCCUCGCUACCGUCAGCAACGGAUGCCAAGUCGGAGCGGUGGCAGCAUCGUCUGGCGGCCCAACUGGCGGCGGCGGUGCAGGACACUAUUGGUCAGCUUGUCUCUCAGCACCCUGACGUGUUCGCCUUCACGCGCGAGGCCGCACGGUCGACGGAGAGCGCGCUGGCGGCGCAGCUGUCGCGCGCGCCCACGCACUUCACCCGCGAAAUGCAUUGCCGUAGCAUCGCGGCGAGUGUUUCUCAGAUCCUCUCCCUCUCCUCGAACACCGCCUUUGCAGAGGAGGUGGUGCGGUUACUCUGGGGAUGUGAGACAGAUGUCGAGACCACCGACGUCACCACUAGCACAGAGCGCAGUCGUGAGAGUCUGCGUGUCUCACAGCGGCAGCCAGUGCAGAUCCAGCGCCGCAUUGAAGAGCGGUUGAUGAGGGCCAUACCUCCCUGA